ACCCCUUACAUACUUUGCUAAACUACGUCUUUCCAAAAGAUCGCAAGGCCGAAAGUAGGCUCUAAACUAACGCACGCUAUAACCUGGACACGGAGCCACUUGAAUAUUUCCAAGCAACAGUUUUAACGGCACAUAGAACUCGAAAGGGUUAAACAUGGAUUUUAAGCUCUUCAAAGUAGCAUUUUUUACUCUUGCACUAUCGCUGGUCUCCGUGCAAAGCGCUGCUAUCAAACAGGCAUACCAAACGGCAUCAUUUAUGGUGAAAUUUGGCUACAUGGAUGAUGAUGGCAAGAACAGAGGUCCAUUGGAUCCGAAUUCGGCUGAGUUUCGAUCUUCGAUCAGGAGCCUUCAAAGAUUUGGCAACAUCCCAGUCACAGGUCAAGUAGACGCAGCGACUAUAAACCUCAUCAAUACUGACCGGUGUGGCGUGAAAGAUCCACCCUCAGAUGGUGCGGGAAGAUUUACCUUACAAGGGUCCAGAUGGAAGCGAACAGACAUAACUUAUAGGAUACUUAAUUACACCAAAGAUGGCAUACCGAUCAGCCAACAGCGGCGAAUUUUCAAGAAAGCGUUCGAUUUGUGGCAGUCUGCCUCGGCGUUGAGGAUAAGAGAGGUGUACAGCGGAGAUGCUGACAUUCUCAUCAGUUUUGUGCGCCAAAAACAUGGGGAUCCAUUUGCCUUUGAUCGUAGAGGUGGUACAUUGGCGCAUGCAUUUUAUCCCCACAACAACAGAGGUCUCUCGGGUGACGCCCAUUUUGACGAUGAUGAACAUUUCACAACGGGAACGAAAGAUGGCAUCAACUUGGACUGGGUGGCGGUUCAUGAGUUUGGACACAGUCUGGGUCUAGAACAUUCAAACGUAAAAGAAUCCAUUAUGUACCCUUGGUACAAAGGAUACGUUGAAGAUAUCAAACUAACGAAUGAUGAUACGCAAGGCAUUCAGUCUUUAUAUCCAAUGCCAACUCCCCGGCGAAUCAUACCAACUACGAAAAUCACUACCACUGUUACUACCACCAGACACCAGUCCCCAACCCCACGACCCACAGCUCCGACUCCUAGCAUUCCCGUUAUUUGCAGAAGCACAGUUCGUUAUGACACAGUGUUUGUUGGCACAAACAGGUGGACGUUUUUCGUGGUUGGAGAUAAGUUUUGGAUCGUAGACAGGCAGCUGCGCAGGCGCGGUCCAUACACCAUAACGAGUUAUUAUCGUGAUAUCAAGGUCCCAUUAGAUGCUGCGUACCUCAAUAAGAAAGGAAAUGUAGUGUUCUUCAAAGGAUCAGAGUUCUGGGAAUAUGACUCCAAGAGAGUGUUAAGGAAUUCUGGUCAAAUUACCCGGUACGGUCUUCCCUCUGCUCUCGCCAACAUGGAUGCAGUUUUCACAUGGGAAAGGAACAAGAAAACUUACUUGUUCAAGGACACCCAGUACUGGCGAUACAACGAAGACACCCAGAGCACAGACUGGGGCUAUCCCAAGGGUAUCAAAAACGCCUGGAGAUCACUACCCAAUCACAUUAAUGCGGCAGUACGGUGGGUCAACGGAAGAACCUACAUUUUCCGGGGGAAGCAGUAUUUAAAGCUUCAGCAUAGAAAGGUAUAUAUGGAGCGAGGAUACCCUCAAGAGAUUGCAAAAAGAUGGAUGAAAUGUAACUCUGGCGAUGAAAAGGACAGGGGUUUUGCCUCAGAAGAUCCUUAACAAUACACGAAAAAAUGCCAUUUCCUUUUUAACGUGCAUGUAUUUUUAAGCGGAAGAAUUAAAUGAAACAUUUAAGCGUU